AUGGCAGUGUCAACACAUCAUGUGGUUCUCUUUCCUUACAUGUCAAAGGGCCACACAAUCCCUCUCCUCCAAUUCGCCCGUCUCCUCCUCCGUCACCGCCCUAAACAAUCAACCACGUCCGUUAUCGUCACCGUCUUCACCACUCCUAAGAACCAACCUUUCGUCUCCGACUUCCUCUCCGACACGCCAGUGAUCAAUGUUAUCUCUCUCCCUUUCCCGGAAAAUAUCUCCGGCAUCCCUCCAGGGGUCGAGAGCACCGACAAGCUCCCUUCCAUGUCACUCUAUGUGCCCUUCACACGCGCCACGAAGCUUCUCCAACCAUUCUUCGAAGAAUCACUCAAGAAUCUUCCAGAAGUUUCCUUCAUGGUCUCAGAUGGAUUUCUCUGGUGGACAUCGGAAUCUGCAGAAAAGUUCAAGAUUCCAAGAUUGGUCUUCUACGGCAUAAACUCUUAUGCCUCUGCCGUCUCCAUCUCUGCUUUCAGACACGAACUCUUUACCGAACCAGGCACCGAGUCUGAUACAGAACCGGUCACUGUACCGGACUUUCCAUGGAUUCGGGUUAAGAAGUGUGAUCUCAACCUUGAUACUCAAUCUGGUCCAGCGGCUGAACUAUUUAUGGACCAAAUCAUGUCGACAACUACAAGCCACGGGUUUCUAGUAAAUAGCUUCACCGAGCUUGAGACAAUAUUUGUGGAUUACAACAACAACUCUGAAGGACCAGAGUCGUGGUCUAUUGGGCCGUUGUGUUUGACUGAUCCCUCUAAACCGGAUCGUGAUAAACCGGAUUGGAUUCAUUGGUUGGACCGGAAAGGAGAGGAAGGACGUCCGGUUUUGUACGUGGCGUUUGGAACGCAGGCAGAGAUAUCAAACAAGCAACUCACGGAACUAGCUUUAGGCUUGGAAGAUUCCAAGGUGAAUUUUUUAUGGGUAACAAGAAAAGACGUGGAAGAGAUUAUUGGAGAAGGAUUCAAAGAUAGAAUAAGAGAGACUGGGAUGAUAGUGGAUGAAUGGGUGGACCAGUGGGAGAUAUUAUCACAUGAAAGUGUCAAAGGUUUCUUGAGUCAUUGUGGGUGGAACUCAGCAUUAGAGAGUAUAUGCGUUGGGGUCCCCAUGUUGGCUUGGCCGAUGAUGGCGGAGCAGCCAUUGAAUGCGAAGAUGGUCGUGGAAGAGAUAAAGGUUGGUGUAAGAGUUCAAACCCAAUGUGGGAGUGUGCAAGGACUCGUAACAAGAGAUGAACUAAGUCGAAAGGUUCGAGAACUAAUACAAGGAGAAACAGGCAAAACGGCAAGAAAAAAUGUAAAAGAAUACUCAAAAAUGGCAAAAGCAGCGUUGGUCCAAGGGACUGGUUCAUCUUGGAUGAAUUUAGAUUUGCUUCUUAGAAAGCUAAGUAAGAAGAGAGAGACAAACGACAUUAAUAACUAGCCAUAUUUAAGAAUUCGAAAGGCGCUAGUCUGAUCCUCUGUUUGGGACUAAUGUUUAAUCAAUAAAUCAGGGAUUUUGUGGGAUUAAAUUGGUGCCUAAAUUUUAUACUUUAAAUUAGAAUAUGAGAUAAACAAUACUCCCUCUGUUUCUAAAUAAGUGUCACUUUAGCCUUUUAAUUUUGUUUCAAAAAAAGUGUCAUUCUACAAUCCCAAUGUAAUUUUGUACAUUA